AUGGCCGCUUGCAGAAGGGUCUCGACCAGGCUUCUGGGCUCUUCAGCUCCUUUUGCUCCAAGACAACAGAUCAGACGGCUCAGCCUGCAUGAGUACCAGUCUCAAGACUUGUUAGAAAAAUUUGUGGCUCAUCUCUCACCACAGUAUGACGUUCCAGUAUCGUCGGGAAAGGUGGUGCGUACAGCCCAAGAUGCGAGAAAGGCGGCCGAAGAGCUGGGCGGUAAAUGUAUAAUUAGCCCUCAAAUUCUACACAGCCUCCAGAAGAAUGCUUCUAUGGCUCCAAUAUCUGUAGACACCCCAGACCAAGGGCAUCAAACGGCAUCCAAGAUGCUAGACAGUGGACCGCAUGGCAGUCAAUACCCUCCAGUGCAGCAAACUUACGUGUCUCAGGCACUCGAGGCUGCGGAGGAGUGGUCACUAGCGAUGACCAUUGACCGUGAAAACUAUUUCCCCGUCGUCCUGGUGAGCAAGACCAAGGGGACAGACGUGAACUCAGAAGUCACGUCCUUCCCAUUUGCCAUUUCACAAGGCAUUACUCCCGAACUCUUGUCGCGUGUAUCAAAACACAUAAUAAGAGACUCUCGGCCAUCACAAGCCUCAACCGAAAGCCUCGCCAAGAUCCUCAACGGCCUGUACAAAAUCUUCACAGAAAAGGACGGCACAAACCUGGAGAUCACACGGCUAGCACGCACCGCCACCGACGGCAGCUUCACCUGCCUCAGCACCGCCUUCACAUUCGACGCCGCCGCCGCCAAGCGCCAGCCGGAGCUCUUCGCGCUGCGCGACGUCAGCCAGGACGUCCCUGAGGAGAUUGAGGCGGCGCAGUACGGCAUCGUGUACGUGCGCAUGGACGGCAACAUUGGCAACGUGGUCAACGGCGCCGGGCUGGCGAUGGCGACCAACGACGCCAUUGGGCUGUAUGGGGGCAGGAGUGCGAAUUUCCUCGACGCGGGCGGGCAGGCUACCAAGGAGACGAUGCUGAAGGCUUUUGGGAUCAUCAUGCGCGAUCAGAGGGUGAGGACGAUUUUUGUUAAUAUUUACGGAGGCAAGUAUUUUGACUUAUGGCUUUCUUUUGCUGCAGGCAUCACGGAUGGUCGGAUGAUUGCCGAGUCCAUCAUUGGUGCCGCGACGGAGCUGGGGCCGAUCAAGGUACCUGUUGUGGUUCGAUUGCAGGGCACAAACUCUGUCGAGGGAUUGAAACUGCUCGAUGAGGCCAAGCUUGGGAUACACGUAGAGGCUGGUUUCGGAGAGGCAGCCAAGAUGGCUGUUCGGCUCGCAGCAGGUCAAUAG